AUGAAACGCAAAGCCGAUCAAGAACCGCUAGGAUCGGACUCACAUCCUGCAAAACAACAAGUUCCUGAGCGGGACACUGUUCCUCUACCGUUGAUACAGGAAAAUCUCUCUCUCUUAGAACUAGAGACAAGGGGCCCGAAGAGUAACCUGUUCUCGGGCCCCGAGGCAAGGUACCGCGGACAGGGGGCCCCGUGGAGUCCGUCCGCCGCUAGGAAUGCUACAAGACUUCCGGGCAAUGUGCCCAAUAUUCCAUUAUCAAUAUCUUCAUUGUCGAGUACGAGAUCGCCGUCGCCGUCCCCGCAGAAACAAAGGGGCUUCUCCAAACAGAAUGACUCGACAUAUCGCACUAGCACGUUGUUUCGCGCCAGUAUCUUCGUUGACGCGGAGAUGCCGAGAACUGUCCGAGACUUAGUUGGUAGUGUGCUAGAUGUGUCGGAACCUUUGUCUAUGGAGAUAAAGGACCUGGCAUCAAAGAUUCAGCGCGAGUCGGUGGAGCUGGCCGCUUUGCAAGCGGGCAAAGCCGAAUGGACAGAGAUUUUCCACGACGCGAUCAAGGGUCUAAAAUCCACUGAUCUCUUGUCAGUACGAAAUAGAGACUGGCGUGGUGAUGUUACGCCCGAAGUUCACCAGCCUGCCGACACUGUCCUCUCUGUCUGGGGCGAAUCUGCUCCGCCUUCAUCUUCGGGACAACAUCUAGGGAGCACGUUCUCUCUCAGGACCCCUAGACCCGAUGUGUCGGUGGGAAUUACUGAUGCAUCUCUCGCAUCGGUACUACGCCCUGCGCGAGGCGACAAUGCGCGAUUCUUCCUUAAUGACCUCCAAGACACGGAAGCUCUCAUCAGCGACCCCGGUCUGACCCGGUUGCACUUACGCUUUCCUUUCUUUGUCAUCGAAACGAAAUCAGGCGCAGCCGGUGGCAAUCUGUAUCAAGCACAGAAUCAGUCCGCCGUGAGCGGGGCCUCUGCGAUUAACAUCCUGAGGGGCAUUAACGAGCUCUAUGAGCUGGAAUACCCCAAACGACAUGGUGGGAAAGAGGCACAUUCCACCGUUGACCUUCCAUUACUGGCGUUUUCCAUGACUACGGAAGGUCCCGUCUGCGAGAUAUGGGCCCAUUUCUGGGACCCAACCAAGAAGGGGUAUUGUAUGACGAAUAUGGGGAUUUGGCGAACAACAAGCGAGGCUGGUUCUCUCGAGGUUGUGUCCAGAAUGUCCCGCAUAUUGAGAUGGGGCUCAGGAGGUCUCAAGAUUGCUAUUGCCGAACGACUGUCCAACUUGUACAAGAUCUGGUCAUGA